CAAUUCUAUCCUGACUCCCGAAAUCGCCGCCUGGCUCCGGAGUCCGGUCGUGCCGUAAUGUCGAUUAGGGUUUUUGUCAAGCUCCAUCUCUCUCGCAUCCUCCUCGAAUCUCUCCCUACUCGUUCAACUUCAACCCAUAACACUCGGUUCUUCUCGGAAAGUUCCGCUCGUCAUGGAGCAAUACUGUCAGAAUCCUCGUCAGCCUCUGACUACUCUCGGCAAAUUUCCAUCGCCAGCCUGCUGCUGAGGUACGGUUUCCCCCAAAGCCAGCUGCACGAGUUCUUCCGAAAGCACCGAUUUUUGAUGAGUUCGUCGCCUUCUGAUGUCGAGAAGUGCAUUGGGAUCCUCCUGUCCUACGGUCUGAAUCAGAAUUCUCUGGUCUCGAUCAUUUCAUCCUGCCCUCAAACUCUAGAACUAGGGUUCCUCACGAAAUGGAAGGUGGGAUUCUCGGAGCUAGAAUGUCAGAAUCUUGCUCCUUCGUUCGUGCAGAGAACACUUGAGCAGUCUGCAAAGCUCAAAACUGAACCGAGUGACCUUCAUUAUGCUGUGCAGUUGAUGAAAAGCCUGAGCUUGAGUGGUAAGACCAUUUUUAAAGUUCUGGAAGAAUUUCCUUUGGCGACCAUCAAGCAUUCCGGAGAUAUUAGACGCACGAUGGAUAUGCUAAAAAGUGUUGGAUUCAAUAACGAAGAUAUAGAUAGGAUUUGUCAUCUCUUUCCUGGAAUCUUAGCAUGUAAUAUUAAUGGCAGGUUGAGACUUUUGUUUGGAGAGCUUCAAGAUUUGAACUUUAGGUUGGAUGAGGUAAAGCAAGCAUUUCGCAACCACCCCAAACUGCUUCUAAGCAUGGAACAUGGGGAACUGACUCGGUACCUAGAUCUCUUGAAUAGUUUGAAAUGCAGGGUGCCAAUCAAGAAGAUGAUCCUGAGUAACGGACGAUUAGCCGCAUGCAUCAACGUGAAGCUCAGAGUGGAUUUCUUGUGCCAAUAUGGUUUGAUCUGUCGCGAAGCUUUCAAGAUAUUGUUUGUUGAACCAAGAGUGCUCAUAUAUGACUUAGAAGAUGUAGAAAAGAAGAUAGACUUUCUGAUUUCCAAGUUAAACUUGUGCAUCAAGCACCUGGUUGAAUUUCCUGAUUACUUGGGUGUGAAUUUUGACAAGCAAAUAAUCCCACGCUUCAAUGUCGUUGAGCAUCUAAUAUCACGAGGAGGACUAGGUUUUAAUGUAGGACUGAAGCAUCUAGUGAGGCUCAGCAGGCAUAAGUUUUAUAAUUUUUUUGUGAAGCCGUAUCCAGAGUGUGAGAAGAUUUUUGGGGGACUUGUUAGGGAAGCUGUUAGGGAAGCUAAACCGAGACAUCCAGUUGACAUGUGGAAACUGUUAAAGCCCCAGAAAUUCACAGAUACAGAGGAGGAUGUGAAAAAUAUGAAGCUUUUGAUGAAAUCUCUGGUUUAGUAUCGCUGUGGAAUCCUCCUUGAUAAAGGUCUGAUUAGUGAGAAAAAAAAAUAAGAGAUUUGACAUUAGCACGUAAGACUGGCAUUGAACUUUUAUAAUCUGAAAUUGGUGGCCUUAAAGACAUCUGGAGAUCUUCAUUUAUGUAAAUCGCCAAUUUAACUAGAGGGCAUCCACUUCGCAAGGGGGUCAUGCUCGUGAGUUCAAGCCUUGUUCUUCAAUGGAAAUUUGUAUUCAUUUCUAAGUUCAUUUGAAUGAAGGUCGUCUUAGGAAGUUUUGAGGGUUGUGGCAGGUCAUAGAGGCAAUUUGGUUUUGGAGGAAGGGUUGCCAGGUGGUUGUCACAGCAAUGCUUCAAAAUUAAUCUCUGAUUCAAUCUUUUAAGGAUGCUGUAAUAUUCUAUUUGUCUGGUGUUGCAUCCUGUUGCUGAUAAGUUUUGCUGAAUCUGUACUACUUUCAUCUGUGGUUGCCAGAAUAAAUUCGACAUGAGUGACUUGCCAAGUCCAUUCUGCAUCACGAACAACUGCAGCUUCAGUUUCUACAAGUUCAUUAGUCUGUAAUAUUGUUCACCUUUUAGCAUAAGUUAUUUUCAUUAGCUCCACUAAGGUUCGUAGUGGUUUACUGCAGAAUGCCUUGGUGGUCUACUGCAGAAUGUUCUGUUGGUUUAACCUGUUAUGAUCACAGCGGUUCGCAAGUUUACAAUGCGUAUUGGUUUUUGUC